ACAAGAAGUCACACUGACCCUUUAGGUCUCUCUAUCUACAUAUAAAUACACACAAAAUUCCAUUAACAAUGGCCGCACUGAGAGUUUCUUCAGCAUUGGCUUGUUCAUCUUCUUCAUCUUUUCAUUCAUACCCUUCAUUUUUUACUAAAUUUCAAUCUAGUCCCAUCUGGUCUUUUUCAAUUUCAGUUACACCCCUGUGUUCAAGAGGAGCUAAAAGAAUGGCUCAUUCUAUUGCUCGUGAUACUCUUGGUCUUACUCAUACUAAUCAAAGUGAUGCACCUAAGAUUUCAUUUGCUGCUAAAGAGAUUGAUCUGGUGGAAUGGAAAGGAGACAUACUUGCAGUAGGUGCCACAGAGAAGGACUUGGCUAGAGACGGGAAUUCUAAGUUCCAGAAUCCACUAUUGCAAAAGCUAGAUUCCAAAUUGAGUGGUUUAUUGUCUGAAGCUUCAUUCGAGGAGGAUUUUAGUGGGAAGUUUGGACAAUCCACAAUUCUGAGGCUUCCUGGUCUUGGCUCAAAAAGGAUUGCUCUAGUUGGGCUUGGCUUAUCAACAUCAUCAACUGCUGCUUAUCGCAGUUUAGGGGAGGCUGCUGCUGCAGCUGCCAAGUCUGCUCAGGCUAGUAAUAUUGCCAUUGCUCUUGCUUCUACGGAUGGACUGUCUGCAGAAUCAAAGCUUAGCUCUGCCUCUGCCAUAACAACUGGAGCUGUGCUGGGGACAUUUGAAGAUAAUAGGUUUAAGUCUGAGUCAAAGAAACCAACGUUGAAAUCUUUGGAUAUUCUUGGACUGGGGACUGGACCUGAGAUAGAGAAGAAAAUCAAGUAUGCUGCAGAUGUCUGUGCAGGUGUUAUACUCGGCAGAGAGCUCGUCAAUGCACCUGCCAAUGUACUUACCCCUGCGGUACUUGCUGAAGAGGCCAAAAAGAUUGCUUCCACCUAUAGUGAUGUCUUUUCUGCAAACAUCUUGGAUGUUGAGCAGUGCAAAGAAUUGAAAAUGGGAUCCUAUUUAGCUGUUGCUGCAGCUUCUGCAAAUCCUGCUCAUUUCAUCCAUUUGUCUUAUAAGCCUAGUAGUGGAGAAAUAAAAAAGAAGAUAGCCUUGGUUGGAAAGGGAUUAACUUUUGACAGUGGUGGCUACAACAUCAAGACUGGACCUGGCUGUUCAAUUGAGCUAAUGAAGUUUGACAUGGGAGGGGCUGCAGCUGUUUUAGGUGCAGCAAAAGCUCUUGGUCAAAUAAAGCCUGCUGGGGUAGAGGUGCAUUUCAUUGUUGCAGCUUGUGAGAAUAUGAUCAGUGGGACAGGCAUGAGGCCUGGUGACAUUAUCACUGCUUCAAAUGGGAAGACAAUUGAGGUUAACAACACUGAUGCUGAGGGUAGGCUCACACUUGCUGAUGCGUUGGUAUAUGCCUGUAACCAAGGUGUAGAAAAGAUAGUUGAUCUGGCAACAUUAACUGGUGCUUGUGUGGUUGCUCUUGGACCUUCAAUUGCUGGUAUUUUUACACCCAGCGAUGACCUAGCAAAGGAGGUGGUUGCAGCUUCUGAGGUAAGUGGUGAAAAACUAUGGAGGUUGCCGAUGGAGGAUAGUUACUGGGACUCUAUGAAAUCAGGAGUGGCUGAUAUGGUGAACACGGGAGGUCGUCAAGGUGGUGCGAUAACUGCUGCUCUCUUCCUGAAGCAGUUUGUUGAUGAGAAGGUCCAAUGGAUGCAUAUCGACUUAGCUGGUCCUGUCUGGAGCGAUAAAAAGAAAAACGCCACGGGUUUUGGUGUUUCAACUUUGGUGGAAUGGGUGCUGAAGAACUCUACAAAUUAGAGCCAGUCAUUUGAUGGGUAAACAUAUGAGGGAGUUAUGUUACCAUUUUAUAAGAAAAAACAUAUGAGGGAGUUGUCUCAAGGGACUAUGGAUGUUUGAGAAAAGAAAUGCAUCAAGUUUUAUGAAUAAAUUUGGGGUGAAAAUGGUGGAAAAGUAAAGGCAGUAGUAGAGACUUUCUUGAUUUAUAAAAUGCCUAAAAUUGCUACUUUGCCUAUGAAAUUUAUUAUUCCUAUCUUAUAUUCCUAUCCUA